AACAGUGUGCUGAUGUCCGGACCGAAGGCUUCCCUGACAUAUGCCAACAGCGUGCAAGCGGGUGCACGGAGUGGGAUAGAAGAAUGUAAGCAUCAGUUCACGUGGGACCGUUGGAACUGUCCAGAGAGCGCGCUGCAACCCACGGCCUCAGGAGGAACGCGCGCUGCCACUAGGGAGACGUCAUUUGUCCACGCCAUCAGUGCAGCCGGGGUGAUGUUUACACUGACGAGGAACUGCAGUCUGGGGGAGCUCGCCAACUGCGGAUGUGACGCGUCCAGAGAGGGCAAAGCAGGUGGGGGAGGCUGGGUGUGGGGCGGCUGCAGUGACAAUGUGGACUUUGGGGGGCGGAUCUCCAGGCAGUACCUGGACACUCAGGAGACGGGACAGGACUGGAGGGCACGCAUGAACCUGCACAACAACGAGGCCGGCAGACAGGCUGUGAAGGCCAAUAUGCGUCGCGCGUGUCGGUGCCAUGGGCUCUCCCAGAGCUGCAGUGUGCACACUUGUUGGCUGCAGCUCGCUGACUUCCGGGAUGUCGGUAACUACCUGAAGGUCAAGUACGGCCACGCGCACAAGCUGGAGCUGGACAAGAGGCGCGUGCGCGCAGGCAACGUGGCCGACAACCGCGGCGUUCUGACAGACGCGUUCGGCAGCAUCUCGCGCACCGAGCUCGUCUAUUUGGAGGACUCGCCAGACUACUGCGCGAGGAACCUGAGCCUCGGUCUCCACGGCACCGAAGGACGCGAGUGUCUGCAGAGCGGCGACAAUCUUUCCCAGUGGGAGAAGCGCAGCUGCAGGCGCCUCUGUCACGAGUGCGGCUACCGCGUGGAGCAGCGUCGCGUGGAGACCUCCAGUAGCUGCAACUGCAAGUUCCACUGGUGCUGCACAGUCAAGUGCGAUACCUGCACUCAGGUAAUAGUGAAACACGUCUGCGCACGAAAGCACGGAGGCCAAAGUCGGAGAAACCGUGGGAAAAAGCAUAUGUAA